AAGUGAAACGGACAUUGUUCGAUUGUGGUUCUUCACUGAUUUGUUUAAAACUCUUAAAGAAAAAACAUUGUGCGUGAAACACACGAAAGAAACAAGCAGUGGCAGUGUGUUGCAGUCACGUCAACGUGAACGACACGUUAAGAACUGAAAAAAAUACACGAUGAGUCAAGUCCAAAUGGAUUCGCCUUCGGUGAUGGAGUCAAUUGUGGGCAACACAGCAAAUAGCCGGAUGGCCAGUCCAACUACGGCUUCUGCUUUGCCCGCAUUAUUGCAUCUCCAAGUCCCGCCGGCUAGCACAACAACAAACUGCGUUACCAAAAAGUCCAAUUUCAGCAUUUCAAAUUUGUUGGCGACGGAAGAGCAGAAAAAGACGAGUGAUGGCAAACACGCCAGGUUGAGCGAAAGAGAUGAGAACAGUGACACAACGGCUGACAUCAAUCAUCCGUCAAAGGCUGUGAACGAUAGGAUCAUGAUUCAACCACCGUCGAUCGGAUCACCGUUCAUUAAUGCAUCCGCGCUGGCACAUUUAGCUCACCUUCAUCACGGAUCAAACGCUGCAACGUCUUCCUCUUCUUCAAACUCGAAUUCGGCCAUUCCCGGCUGGACAGAUUGGCUGGGAACAGCCGGACUGGGACCCGAUGCUCAUCAGUCCUUAUGGUCUCGCUUGGGACUGUUAUCGCACUUGUCACUGCGGCCGUCUGCUCACCAUCCGUCGGCCGGAUCGGCUGCUGGUACAUCGCCAUUCCCAUACGGGGCUGGAAGUCCAGCCGAGUUUGCCAGCAAUCUCCAACACUUGCAACAUUUGCAUAGCGUCCAGCAGCAAAUCGCAGCUGCAGCAGCAGCUUCCAGCUACUGGACGUCGCUAAAGAGUUCGGCUCUUUCGGCCUCUGGCCAUGGAACUUCUCGAGACGGGCCGGCGAGCCUGGAACAUCAUCACCACUUGCCCUCAUCUUGGCGUUACGACCAACACGGUCCACCGCUGUCCAGCAGUCCGUUGUCCCUAACGGGCAAGGCGUACAAUCUGGCCAUGAGCGGAAUGGCGGCCAUGGAUCACGCCAAUAAAUCGCCAAUCCAUCCGUCCUCAUCGACUCCGUCAAUUGCCGUUAACAAGCGGAAACGUUCGAGCGGAAGCGACGAUGCCGACGACGCUGACCGGUGCCACAACUCUUCCGCUUCCUUCAAUCACGAUGAUGACAAUUUCUCAGAUGCAGAUAGCAAAAUCGACGUCGGCGGAGUGGACGACACGGACGACAACAAUUCCGUCCAUUACAUGAUGAUGGAAGAUGGUUGCUGCGAGGCCACCGGAUCGACCGCGGAUUCUGACGGAGAGCGGGACGAUCAUUUGCAUCACCACCGACACGGCCAUCGUCAUCACAAUAACAACAACAAUAACGGCAGCAAAGGCGGUAAGGGAUCUUCAUCCUCUUCGGCGACGGACGCCGGCGGCCAGCAGCAACAGCACCACAACAGCAGCAGCGGGUCGGGCCAUUCGGCCGGAAGCAGCAGCAAACGCAAGAAGAAGACGCGCACCGUCUUCUCGCGCAGUCAGGUGUUUCAACUCGAGUCGACAUUCGACAUGAAGCGCUACCUGUCCAGCUCGGAGCGGGCCGGUCUGGCCGCUUCGCUCAGCUUGACGGAGACUCAGGUGAAAAUUUGGUUCCAAAAUCGGCGCAACAAAUGGAAGCGCCAAUUGGCCGCCGAGUUGGAAGCGGCCAAUAUGGCGGCCAACAUGGCAGCAGCCGCGGCUGCCGGCCACCAGCGCAUCGUCCGCGUGCCCAUCCUCUACCACGAGAACAGCGGAAACAACAAUACGACAGUGAACGCGUCAUCGACGAUGACAUCGUCGGGUUCGUCUUCAUCGUCGGCUCAUGCUCAUCAUCUUCGCCAUGCGAUUGGAGCCACCACGCCCACUAGCGUGACGCCCAAUUCAUCGAGCAACAACGGCCAGGUGAAUUACAGCAACAACAAAAGCCAAUCAUCGCCGCUGCUAUCGCCGCAACAACAACAACAACAACAACAGGCCAACGGCAACAACAACAGCAGCAGCAGCAACGGCAACAUGGCGGCUCCUUCGGCCUCGUCGAGCGUCGCGUCUGCGCAACAGCAAUUGCCUUUCUCCUCUCUGUUUUACACUCACGCAGCGGCGGCGGCAGCGGCGGCCGCGGCCGCAUCGCUCUACAAUAAUAGCAGCAGUGCGAGCAGUAGCGGCAGCAGCGUCGGCUCAAUAUCGUCGACCAAUCAGGUUGCAGGCGUUCACCAUCUUCACCACCAUCAGCACAACCCGCAUCACGUCACGGCAGCUGCCGGCAAUUCGUCACGAUCUCCGCUCAGUGGCAUGGUCUGAUUGGCUUACACGCACUCACGUUCAAAUAGGAAAUGUCCUGAACAUGUUCCUGAAUUUUAAGAAAGGCCCGAAUUCUAUUCUUAUUUUUCUUUUUUUUUUGGAGGGGUUUGACG